AUGGUACACGUACUGAUUUUUCUAAGAUUCGUCAGAAGUCACCUGAAUGUAAUUCCAGGCAGCAAACAAAACGAUGAAACUUUUCGCGAUGCCAUUUAUGAGGAGACAGCGCCGAAUGCAACGGUCUGGCAGACAUAUAUGCGCGAAAGCACCCAGACUGAUAUUCGCAUGAUGGGAGAAUGCAGAGAGAAUCUGGAUGUGCUUCUCGUUUUCGCUGGUCUUUUUUCCGCGGUCGUAACAACCUUUAUGGUACAAACUUACCAGAACUUGCAACCGGACUACACCCAGGCGUCAGCGAAACUACUGUUCGAGUUGGUCUCCAUACAACGCGCACUUGCAAAUGGGACUUCCCUUGAUAUGAUUCCGAUGUCGGCUUCCAAUCCUUCCGCCAAAUUUAUUCCUUCAAGUGGCAGUGUCUGGGUCAACGGACUGUGGCUCACCAGCCUUGUCCUCAGCCUUACUACUGCACUUAUAGCCGUACUCGUCAAACAAUGGCUUCACCACUAUACAGCCUUGCCUUCGGGAACCCCGCGCGAUCGCAAUCACAUUCGCCAAUUCCGCUACGCAGGAUUUCAAAAGUGGCAAGUCUUCGUUAUCGUCGGGCUCCUUCCGGUUAUUAUGCAUGUAGCCCUCGCCAUUUUCUUCCUAGGAUUAGUAGUUUUUUUAAUUCCCCUC